CUAGGGCCGGGGUUCUCUGGGCCAAGGAUCAAGGUCCCUGGCUGGGGUAGGCUCGCAAGCAUUCUGGUCUUCCCAACCCGGACUCUCAAGAGGGCGCAAUAGAGCCUCAUCAGGGAGCGAGAAACCGCGCCACCACAGCCGGAGGUGGGACUAGUCGUGUCCCCGCCCUGGGGCGGAGUUAUAUGGCUCUGAGGCCCGCCCUAAAUCCUGAGGACUCUCGGAAGCAAUCGUUCGGGGCGGAAGUUAGGAAGCCCCGAGAGCCAGGCAGCGGAAGUGGUGGCGUUACUCCUUGUCGGCGCGCAUGCGUUAUUCUAGUCACUUGCUGCCACUCUGUAGGCGCUUUUACCCUCCCUCCACGCGAGGUGAAGCGCGUACCCUUAGUCGUGGUAGCGGUCUCAGCCACUCUGCUACUCUCGUGGCUGUUUCACCAUGGCGGGCAUCCUGUUUGAGGAUAUUUUUGAUGUGAAAGACAUUGACCCGGAGGGCAAGAAGUUUGACCGAGUGUCUCGACUACAUUGUGAGAGUGAAUCUUUCAAGAUGGACCUAAUCUUAGAUGUAAACAUUCAGAUUUACCCUGUAGACUUGGGUGACAAGUUCCGGUUGGUCAUAGCCAGUACCUUAUAUGAAGAUGGUACCCUGGAUGAUGGUGAAUACAACCCCACAGAUGAUAGGCCUUCCAGGGCUGACCAAUUUGAGUAUGUAAUGUAUGGGAAAGUAUACAGGAUUGAGGGAGACGAAACUUCUACUGAGGCAGCAACGCGUCUCUCUGCCUACGUGUCGUAUGGGGGCCUGCUCAUGAGGCUGCAGGGUGAUGCCAACAACCUGCACGGAUUUGAAGUGGACUCCAGAGUUUAUCUGCUGAUGAAGAAACUGGCCUUCUGAAGCACCCAGGAAGCCAACCUUGCUGCUUAGUCACUUAGGGCUUGGACAUUCAUUCAUUCAAGCCUGAGGAGCGGUAACUGUUGACCACCUGUUCAGGAGGGGCUGUCUGUCUGCCCACUGUGGGUGCAUCUUUAGGUGGUCUGGACUCCAUGGGAAACUUGCCUGUGAAAGACCCAAUGGGAGAGCUUAAAAUGGAUGAGAAGUUGUUUUGUGUGUAUAUGAUUUUUAAAUUAAA